AAACACAUUUGAUCAUUAUAAAACAAAAAAAAAAAUAAAAAGUUUAUAAACAACGGUGCCCCAACCAAAAUUCUGAUUCAAUCUAAAUUUGCAGGAAAAAAAUCAUUUUCGACCCUUAUAAAAAUCGCACAAGAAAUGUUUCUAAAAUUUAAAUAUUUAAAUAUUCGUACGUUUAUUACCUUUUCAAAAAAGUACGUUUCAUAAGAUUAUCUUAUAAACUGCAAAAGUUAUACAACAAUUACAGACCUAUGAUGGUAGCCGAUCGGAAAAAUUUCCGAUCGGAGAAAAGUUCCGAUCGGAAGAUUUUUGUAUUCACGGUACCCGAAUUUAAGAAGAAAAAUUGACGUCAAACAACGCACUCAUUUGACAUUUACCAGUUUGCAAAAAUAUUUGUUUUUAUCGUGAAAAGAAUCAUUUAAAGUGAAAAUCAAAAUGGAUAGCGCAGCUGCUUUUCUCGAAGCUGAAAUGUAUGAAGAAAGGGAACUUUUUAAACAAAAAAGAAUGUGUUUAAGAAAUUCAACAAAUAUUUUCCAAAUGCAUGAUACAGCGCAAGUUCAAUUUUGCUUUUACGUAUGUACCUACCUCUAAAAAUAAACAUUUUAUUACAGUUUUAAAAAAAAUUUCCGCCUUAACAAAGAAGCAUUUCAUUACGUUUUAAACGAAAUAAAAUCGAAAAUUCAACCUGCUUCAAGAUCUGAGGGAUUGACCCCUGAGCAAAAGUUAGCUGCAUGUUUGCGAUUUUUCGGUGAAGGGACAUAUCAGCAUGGUGUUGGCAAGGACUUCGACUCACCUGUGGCGCAAUCAACCUUUUCAAAAAUUCUCCAAGAACUUUUAUGUGUACUCGAAGAUACAUUGUGUGCCAAAUGGAUAUCCUUGGAUAUGUCACCGGCUCAAAUUCAGGAAUCCAAGUCUUUCGUCGAAGCAAGAACAGGUUUUCCAAAUGUUAAAUUUUGCGUCGAUGGAACUCACAUCAAAAUUGUUGCUCCGAGAGAUGACAAACAUUUGUUCUAUAACAGAAAGGGAUACUAUUCCCUGAAUGUUCUAAUUAUUUGCGAUUAUAAAAUGUGGAUUCGCGGUUUAAACGCUAAUUUCCAAGGGGCAAAUCACGAUUCCCAUAUAUGGAAUAUCAGUCCACAAAGAUCUCAUUUUAAACAGAGAUAUGAAAACGGUGUCAGAGACGAAUAUGUAUUAGGAGAUGCAGGUUAUCCAUUAGAACCUUGGUUGAUGACUCCAUUUAGGACUCCGCCACCAAAUAGUCCUCUAAUGCGUUACAACAAAUCCCACUCCAGAGCCCGAAAUGUAGUCGAAAGAACAAUUGGUUUACUCAAUUGGUUUACAGCAAUAGGAGAAGUAGAAGUAGAAGCGGGAGCAGAAGCGGGAGCAGCAGCAGCAAUUGUUUUGGCGUUUGGGCCGUAAGACUUCGCCCUAACACCGGCGAUAGAGCUUCUUAAGUUCAUUAAGUUGAUUACAUUUUCUUCAAUUUCCGUAAAUGAUUUUUGUCGGUACCGACCACCACCUGUUGACUUGUUUUCUGUUUCGUUGGCAGCAAGUUUUCGUUUUAUGUGUCUUUUAUAGUCGCUCCAAACCUAAAAGCAAAAUUAAUUUGGAGUGUUGAAUUUUCAGAUGGAUUCGGAGCAAACCUUUUUCCAACUAUUGACGUCCCUCACUGGUGGACCAAGUAGGUUUACUUCUUGGGUUAAAUUUUCCCAAAAACUGUUGACUUCAUCAGGAGGACGAGCAGUAAAAUUCCUUGCAAUAUCAGGCUUCAUAUUCAUGAGGUCUACAAGCCUCCCGUAUUGGAAUUGGUUUGUUUUGUUCUUUUUGCUACAAAAACAAAACAUUAGAAACAUAAAAACAUACAAAAAUUGAAAUUACUUUUUUGUUUUGUGCACUCAUUUUUGUGUUUUUGAACAAUUUAUUUGUUUAUUAUUUCAAUUUUUGGUUGUUUAUAUUUUUUCGGAUAACUAUUCACCUUUGAUUUUCUAUCGGGAAGAAUCGGAAGGAAAAAAAACCGCAAAACACAACCCGUCGCAAAUAUUUUGACAGUUCACUGCAUAGCAUCGCAUGUAUUUUAAAUUUUCAACGCACCUAAGAUUUUUUUCGUAGAUCUGUCCAAUUUUACUGUCGGAAGGGUUAAAAUCAUAUGAAAACUGAAAAAUUCGUACAAAUCGGAUAAAAUUUUCUUCCGAUCGGCUACCAUCAUAGGGCUGUUAGUCAACCAUCUUCCAUUAAAAUGCUAUGGAAACCCCCCCAAUAAAAAGCACACAAAAUUAAUACUCAUUAACGUAUUAAUACUCAUUAAAUUAAUACUCAUUGACUGUGAAUGAAAGUGUAAAAAACAACUUAAAAAACGAUGAAAAUUGUGUUUGAUGCAAAAUUGUGGAGAAACGAUUGUCCGCAGAAAAAAAAGUUUUGAGACAAACUAAAACUGUAUUAAAUUCUUGAUAAAAAAAUCAUUCAAAUCAAACGUAGUUAGGCAAAGAUAAGGGCAGUUAACGGACAAGGGAUAAAAAAUCAUAAAAACCCUGGUAACUCGAAAAUGGGAUGAAAACGAGAAAAUUACCUUAAAUUAAUUAAUUAAUUACUUAAAAUGACCUCAGGAAACCAUGGUUUUUAUUUGGGGCGGUGACUGUGGGACACCCUAAAUAUAUUCUUUGCUCGUUGAAAAUUGGGAGAAAUGUGAACUUAAUCUUUCUCAACUAAUUAAACAAAUAAAAUGACUAUAUACCUGCAAAGCAAACAGUUCGGGAACAUUUGCGUUAAAUAUAUGGAAAAGAUAUUCACAUAAUUGAUCGUCCCAAUCGGGAAACAAUAAUUAUAUGUUUCCCCAACACCAGGCACGAUAUUUAAAAAAAAAUCAUUUUAUGAUGAAAAAACCCAAACCCUUUACAAGAAGAAAGGAAGAUAAUUGUGGCAGCUGCUGCUGAUUCGGGAGGAUAUCCGAUCCAUGGUCUACGAAACCGACAAAUACCCACCAUGUGAUAGUUUCACAGAAGGUGUUUAGAGCAUGGUCCCUGAAACCUUAAACAUCUUGUGGCUAUGAGUAUGGAGAAAAACCUGAAAGAGCAGAAUAACAAUAAUCAUACUUGAAGGCAGGGCUACCUUUGCGCCUCUAAAGAGGCAUUUUUCCUCUUUUUUUCACCCAAUCCACUUUCCCUCCACUUUUUAAAAAUUGCAAAAAAAUAAUCCCUCUUUUUGAUAUUUUUUUCUUUUUUCUUAAAUUAUGUACGUUUGAUUAAACAAAAUUGACAUUUUUUUGAACAUCAAGGAAAAUGUGACUCAUACCGUUAUUCCACUUUCAAUUAUAACGGCUCAGUUGUACAAAAAAUAUACGUUACUGUUGUUUAGCUCUGAUUUGAUUUUUAUAAGGUUAUUUUUGAUAAAUUUUGUAUUUUUCUUGAAGAAAUUAUGCACAGGUAAUGUUUUUAUAUUAUUCUUAUUAUGUUCAUACAAUUUUAAUUUUAAGCGCAAAUGAAGUAUUUCCUGUGACUGUCGUGCUUAUUUUCUAUUUUCACAUUUUUUUAUUGGGGCCUGUUUUUUAUCAAAAUCCUCUUUUUUGCCUCUUUUUCAAAAUCUACGAAGUAGCCCUGCUUGAAGGAGCUAGUAAAAAUGCUAAGUCUAAAGUCUAUUCAUUAAAAGUGUUGAUGAACUAAAAAAGGUGCAGUGCGUAGUGUACUGGCCUCUGAACUCGCUUGGUCUAGGUUCAAUACUCAAGUGUGACGGAAAAAGUUUUUUCAAAUUAAAUGAAAAAUUACGAGACUAAGCACCACACACAAAUGGAAUAAAGGAGUCUGAUGAUAGGAUUGGCAUCCGGUAAACAGUACUGUAACUCUUACCAUAAACACUUGGUGGUAGCAAAUUCACGAUGUUGUUGUUGUUCAAAGAUUAUAACAAAAUUAAUCAAUUUAUUCGUGGAGUAGGCCUACCGGGAAAACUACUAAAAACAAAACGCACUGAAGUCUCUACCACCCUCAUCCCUGUCUUAUUGAAUUCGAAUAUUAGCCCUGUUCCUUUGGAAGGUGGCAAAGUGUGUCUAGUAGUUUACUAGCGAUUUUCAAUGGAACGCACUUUCAACGAAUUCAAUACAAAUUGUAUCUACUCGGGAUGAAGAGCAUGAGUAGAUGAUAGUAGGUAGGUACUAGAUUAACCAAAACAACUACUAUUAGUAGAUUACCACCUCCAAUGGAACAGGGCUUCGACUUCUGCACUACUUUAUUUUUAAGAGAAAUCUGCUAUCCAUCCUGUCAUGUUUUGUUGACAUAAAAUGUCAAAACUCAUUUUGGAAAACAUAAUUCGCUCCCUCGGCAGGUCGCGAGACAUGAUCGUAACUAUUCCUAGUCCAAUUUGUAGUCCCCGAAAACUCCAAAUUUAAAGAUUUUUAAUUAAAAUCCAAAUAAAAAAAAUUUAUCUCUUAUACAUACCUAGAGUUGUAUUUAUAAUUUUUUGUUUUAAGUAACGGUUUGGGAGGAAUAUUGAUAAAAAUGCCGUAGGGACAUUUUUUUUCUGGUUUUUCGUUUGUAACUUACUAGUGCCUGAAAAAAAUAACAUUUUUUUCGAUUAGAAGCACCAGAGACAGUUUUUUUCAGAUGGCGGGGGCACCACAAAGUCAAUAAAUACGCAAAAUGAGAUUUAUACUAAGAAACAACCCCUCUUCAAAACUGCAUUCAAACUUAGCUUACGUCACAACUUUUGUCGAUUUCAUCAUAAAUAACUCCCCGUUGACUGAACUAAGAUUAUUACAAUCAAAAUGUUUUCUUGAGAGGUCUCGUCAAAUCACAAAAACCUAAAGUCAAACGCGUUCGUGAUGAAAAUCUUGGAUAAAGGAAUGGGAAAAAUGUUUAGGUUUGCAAAGAAAACUUUAUAAAAACUCUGCAAAUAAGCUGGGGAAAAAUCUAUCGGUACUUAUUACGACAAGAGGUAUCGGCAGUAAUUGAUUGCCGUAAAAAAAAUCCAAAAAAUAAAAAAGAUGACAGUGGUGUUAUCGCACAUAUUUCAUCUUUCCCAGCUUAUCAAAGCUAUUACAGCAGGAAAGAUAAUCCGAACCGAAAAAACGUCGAUAAAAAUUAUAAUAUUCGCAAAAUGUAAGAUUUGUAUUUCGAAGAGUGUAGGUACCUAUAGCCGAAAAUUUAUCACCAGUGAGCAAAAGUUUUACUACAAAGUUUUUAGGCAAAAUUGAAUCUACAUAAUUAAAACUCCCCAUAAAGACACAUGUAGGAUUUGGAGAAA